AUGCUCUCAGACAACGAGCAGCUUCAGCCUACCCAUGUGCAGCUGGAUAUCGCAACAAACCAAGCUCGAACCUAUUGGCAUCAGCUUGCCGAGGAGGUUAUUGCAGACCAUGAAGGUGGAGUCCUUCUCGGAUCAAGUGUUUUACAGAACCUGCUUUGCAGAGUCCCUUCUAUACCUACUCAGCCCCUGGCCGUCAAUGAGGUACUUUCCUCCGAUACCACCACGAAAUCAGUUUUGGCUGCUGCAUCAUCAACAAUGCGCGUGGUUGAGCCAGGGGGAUGCGAAGUCGGAGGCAAAUCAAAAGAAAAUAGAGCAACCUUGCUGAUCGGCAUCCAGACGCCAACCACCUGUCAGUUUUCUGGAGACGCCUUCCGUCAAUGGCGGACGACGGGAACUGCCAAGCCAAAUUCUUCAAACUACAUCGGGAUCUUGUCUCUUGCUUGGUCCUACAUUCUCUCAGCCCGUUUGUUGGAACUUCAAAACCAAGAUGGUGCCGAGCUUGUUUAUACUAGCUCAACGGCAAACGGCUUGCUUUCCAGAAUCCUCCACUCAAAUCGGUGGUUCAAAAACUUAGAUACGGAACCCGCCGGGCGUAAUAUCGUAAACUCUUCGUAA